ACAAAUAACAGGAAGUACAAACAGUCUUAAAGAGUCAUCAGUUCAGAGACUGUGACAGUCGAGAUCGAGAACAAGAAAGAAGUGAGACAGAGAAGCACGAUGGAUGAAUUCAGAUGGAUUCAAAUGUUUUUAUGUCUGAUGAUUCAGAUUGCAGUAUCUGUAAAUGAAACAUCCAUGUUUAUGAAAGUUGGAGAUGACGUCACUCUGCUUUGUCUAAAUGUGAUAGAUGAGCAGAAUUACUGUGAUGGUACUACGUGGACCUUUGCUUCAAGAAACAAACAAACAACAACAGAGCUGAUCACACUUGGACAGAUUAGUACAGAAGCCAAAACUAAAUCAGACAGACUGAGUGUUACAGCGAACUGUUCUCUGCUUAUAAAGAAGCUCACAGUUGAGGAUGUUGGUUUUUAUUACUGUCAACAAUACAAAGUCGAGGAAACACCAUCUAAACACACUCUGGUUCAUCAGUCUUUGGUUGAUCUCUCUGUUAUUACCUUGACUGAACAUAAGGACACUGAUAAGGUGAAGUUAAGCUGCUCUGUGGUGACAUAUGGAGAGUGUCAUCACACAGUGAAGUGGCUGCUUAAAGGUCAAGCUGUGGACAAAGAGAACAAAGAAACAGUGACUUCACAGACUGACUGCUCCACCACUCUGCCUGUUCUGAAGUAUAAUUAUUUAUACUCAUCACAUCAUAAAAUACUGAAGUGUGAAGUGACUGAUACUAAAACAGGAAAAGUGCAGCUGUUUACCUUCAGCCAUCAGACCUCAGGUGAGGAAACAGAUUUUGUAUCUUUGAGGUUCAUAAUUGUCUCUGUGGGAUUGGCAGCACUUUCAAUAACAGCUGUGACAGUCAACAUGUGGACAAAAACUAAAGGGAAGAAAACACAGAUGGAUAAAAACACAGUACAUUAUGAUAGAGAUGAAGAUGUUCCAGUCAACUAUGAAAAUGUGGGAGACUCUGCUGUUUCUAUCUGACUGCACUGAUCAACAACUUGCACAUAAAAUCACUGCUGUUAUGUUAUCAGUAUCAUCUCAUCUGGUUUUGC